AUGACAGGGGAAGGAAGCACGAAUGCGCCGGCCUCCGGCGUCGACGACAGCCCCAACUCGAAUCACGACGGCGCCUCAGCGCCCAGCCCCCAAGACGGCUACGACCCCCAACAGAUCAUGGCCCUCGCCCGCCAUCCACCGCCCGGCGCUUCCGUCUACUCUCCCACCGCCGCGCCCUCGGCCGCCCUCAAUCCGCGCAGCUGCGUGACGUGUCGGAGGAGAAAGGUCCGCUGCGACAAGCACAUGCCGUGCUCCAACUGCCGUCGCGCCCAAAUCCCCUGCAUCUUCCCCGCCCCCGGCCGCGCACCCCGCCGACCCCGUCCCAAGGACCCGAACGCGCCCGCCAAACAGCCGUCGAGCGAGCGCGAGCUGGAACUGUUAAAGCGUCUGCGCAAGUUGGAGGGCAUCGUCGAGGAACUCAGCGGCCAGAUCGAGGUCGAGUCGGUGCGCCACCCUUACAGCCCCGGGAACUCGCCCGACGCCGCCGGGACAGGAUACGGCAAGGAUGAUCACACAGUUGGUGCCCGUUUCGACAACCUGGGGUCUCGCCUCGCCGGCGCCGCCGGAAGCACCUCCAGCCGAGACUCGCCGGGCGUCGCUGGAGGAUCAAGACUACCGGCCAGGCCGACGUCCGACUCCAUGUCCGAGACGGAUUCGAGGGGCAAGGCUUCGCCGGAUGUGCACAACCAGUUUGGCCGACUGGUCCUGAACGAGAAAGGGGUCACGCGAUACGUUAGCAGCUCGCUGUGGACGUCCAUCAACGACGAGCUGGAUGAGCUCCGCAAGGCCUCGCAGGACCUCUCCGACGAAGACUCGGACGAGUCCGACCUGGACGUGACCCCCGAGUCUGCCGAUCACGACCGGAGCGUAGUAGAUCACCAUGCGUUCGUUCUAGGUUACCGCUCGGCCGACAUUGAUCUUCGACCGCUGCACCCGCUCCCCUCCCAAAUCCCCUUUAUCUGGCAGGUCUACCAAGAGAACGUAGACCCGAUCCUCAAGAUCGUCCACGUGCCGACCAUGAGCAAGGUGAUCAAGGAGAUUCGCCACAACUUGGACAGCCUCACUCCGUCCUUGGAGGCACUCAUGUUUUCCAUCUAUUACGCCGCCAUCGCCUCCUUGGACGAGGAGGAGGUCAAGCUCAAUUUCGGCACCGAGAAAAGUUCCCUCAUGCAGAAAUACCGCUUUGCGUUGGAGCAGGGGCUGGCCAAGGCCGAGUUCCUCACCAAACCCGACACCACCGUGGUGCAAGCGCUCAUCAUCUUUCUCGUCCUCGUCCGCCGGAACGACGACACGAGAUUUGCAUGGACGCUCACCGGCCUUCUUAUCCGCCUCAGCCAGGCGCUGGGCCUGCACCGGGACGGGACUCACUUUCCCAACCUCACGCCGUUCGAGAUCGAGAUGCGCCGGCGGCUCUUCUGGGCCGUCUGCGUCCUCGACCUCCGGUCCGCCGAGGAUCAGGGCACCGACCUCACCAUCGUCGACCGGACGUUUGACACCCAGAUUCCCCUCAACAUCAAUGAUUCCGACAUCUCGCCCGACAGCCCGUGCCUACCGGAGCCGCGGGAGGGCACCACCGACAUGGCCUUCUCGCUUACCCGCUACGAAAUAUGCGCCUUGUCGAGGCGGCUGCACAUGGCGUCGUCCGGCAUCGACCCGCCCUGCCCCGCCGAUGCUUCCAGGUCGCUGGAGGAGCGCGAGGCCCUCAUCACCGAGGUGUACAACCGGGUGGAACAGCGGCUGCUCAAGGACAGGGACCGCUCGAACCCCCUGUUCUGGGUGGCCUCCAACGUCACGCGAAUUAUCGUCGCCAAGAUGACGCUCGUCAUCUAUCAGCCCGCCCUGUUCCCCGGUCCCGGCCACGAUGGUCUCUCCGAGGACGUGCGGGCUCGCCUUCUCAACGCCGCCCUCGACGUGUUCGAGUACAGCCACGUCUUGAACACGGACCCCCGCUGCAAGCACUGGCGCUGGAUGUUCCAGACCUGGAGUCAUUGGCACGCCUUGGCAUACACGCUGAUCGAAGUCUCACACCGCCCGUGGGGCCCCAAGGCCGAGCGCGCCUGGGCCGCGCUCAACCUGACCUUCCAGGCCCCGAGGACCGUUGAGCUGCAAAAGCUGACAAACCACCACGCGGUCUGGCUGCCGCUGAAGAAGCUGUACCUCAAGGUCAAGAAGCACCGCGAGGUCGAGAUCCGCCGGCUGCAGGCAGACCCGGCGGCGGCACGGGAGCUCGACGCGCAGGAUCAGUGUCGGCUCCCUCCCACCAGAUUUGGCGCCAUCCCCAGCGCCAUGAAAGCCGCCAUUGCGCUGGAGCGCUGGCGCAAGCUCGUCAACCUGCCCUCGGCGCCACCCGAGGCGGGCCCGAUCGAACCGCAGCAACAGCGUGCGUCGCCACAACCAAAACCAACGCCAGAACCAGAACCACAACCACAAACCCAACCGCUGGGACCUACGACUAGCCUGCCGCUGCAGUCAGCGACCACGAUGAGCCCCGUACAGCCCUGCUCCCCGGCGGACUUUGCCAAGCCGGAAAUCCUCGAGUACCUCGACUCGGCCAUGGCCAACUCGACCUUUGUCGCCACCGACUUUGCGCCGCUCUGGAGCGACGGCGCGCCCGAGGAGAUGGUCCGCGCCGCCUUCUUCCCGUGCCCCACCGCGCCGACUGCCGACGUGUCCUCGCUGGCCUUCGACCCGGCAAGCACCGUCACACCGCUGGCCGGCCUCCAACAGCAACAACAACAACAACCCACCCCGCUCAACGUGGCGUGCCAAGUGCAGCAGAUCCAGCAGCAACAGCCGGGGGGCGGCAGUGGCAGCGGCGGCGGGGGGAUCGUGCAGACCGCCCCGCUGGGCGGCGGCGGCGGCAGCAUGCCCGACGAGUGCCUGCCGCCGUGGCUCUGGCCGGCCGCCAACGGCGGCGGCUCGCCGCCCGACUUCCUGCGGCUGCCGGGCGUGGGCGCCGGCGGCGCGGCCGAGGACCUCGACAUCAACAUGGACGAGGGGUUCGACUGGCAGACCUGGCAGGAGAGCCUCGGCCGCUACGAGGUCGAGGCCAACGGCGGCCGCGCGGGGAGUACCUGGGGUCCGGGGCUGUAA